AUGGUGAACGUGCUGCGUACGACCUCCGCCCUGGCCAUGGUGGCCACCUCCUUCGGCUUCGCUGACGCCGGCAACUUCAAGUGCACUGGCAUCAACUACAACAUCCGCGCCGGCCCGGAUUGGGCCCCGGCCAACGAGAAGUGCAAGCCUGCAUCGCUGAUUGCUACCGAGCUGGCGCUGCUCAAGGGUGUGACGGACACCAUCCGUCUGUACUCACUCACUGACUGUGACCAGGCCACAGUUGUGGUGCCCGCUGCUAUUGAGGCGGGCCUCAAGGUCGAGCUGGGCAUGUGGGUAGACUCGUCCGCGUCCAGCUUUGAAGCGGAGAAGGCCGCAUUCAAGACGCUGCUGGAGUCCGGAGUCGUUCAAAGUGAACACAUUGUGGGCAUCCACGUCGGCAGUGAAGCAGUGUACCGUGAAGAUGUGACGGUGGACGUGGCGAUUUCCUAUCUGGAGGAGAUCCGCACGCUCUGCAAGGCCAACGCGGGGGCCGCCGGCAUCCCUCUCACCAUCGCUGACAUCGGUGACACGUACUCGGCAUACCCGAAGUUGAUUGAGGCCGUGGACUACGUGUCGGCCAACUACUUCCCGUUCUGGGAGAAGACUGACAUCGACGUCGCUGCGAAAUCCUUCUACAAGCGCUUCUCAGCGCUCGUGCAGACUGCCAGCACCUACAACAAGGAGGUGGUCAUUGGUGAGACUGGCUGGGCAUCGGACGGUGUUGGUGCCGGUGCGAGUCCUGCCACGGCUGCCAAUGCCGCCAAGUACUUCUACGACUUUUACACGCUCGCGACGGAGAAGAACCUCAUGUACUACUACUUUUCGGGCUUCGACGAGGCCUGGAAGCUGCCCACGCUCGAGGCCAACGAGACGGUGGAGGCCUAUUUUGGCCUGUUCACCAAGGACGGUGUCCUCAAGGACUCCAUCUCCGCCAUGUUCGACAACAACACGGGCUCCUUUAACGGCAGCGACUCGGCUACGAUUACUUUGGUGGGUGGAGACGCCAGCACCACAACUGCGGGCGGCGAUGAUGCCACUUCGGGUGAUGCAACGCAGAACGACACCACCUCGGACGGUGUUGAGGACGACUCGACGUCCAUUACGCAGACUUCCACCACCACCACGUCGACGUCGCACAAGGACUGCACCAUGUAA